AUGGCACCUGGCUCCACCCCCAAGUCUAUAACUACAGUCUCAUGGCACCUGCUCUGUCUUGACACUGAGCUGAUUUUGGAGAUUCUCUUUUCCUGUGGAGAACUGCGUAAAAGCCUAUCCAGUUUCUCCACCCUCCACUUCCAUAUUUCACCAUAUUCAACAACUAACUACGAUUCCCCUCCUUACCUCCUCCCACUCCAUGACCAAGACACAAUUCCCACAAUAAAUAUUUGA